GUUUACUUGGCAUACCAUUGCCGCGAACCUUCAAAGUUGUAUCCUUGCCAUCAUCGCAUGCCUGCCACUCCGCCAUUGUUAAUCAAUUCCCUGACCCAAAACAAAAAAACCUCAAAUUCCAGUAUCGGCCAAAAAAGCUUCUUCACUUUCCUCCGCUCACCUUUAACCCUUCCUUUUCUUCCCCUUUCACGGAAGACCCACACCAAGAAACAAGAAAGUCUCGAUUCCGGAAUCCGAUUCAGAUCCGCCUUGGCAGAAUCUCCCGGUUUGCUACUGAUCUACUCAACACAAAUAAUCCACUGUGGCAGACUGAAACUUCCACGCAUCAAGUUUCUCAGACGAUGCUACACCAUCUCCCUCCUCUCCAACCUGCUUCAUAAACAGAGGUCAGGAUAAAUAUACGAAACCUAGGUCUCCUAUAAUAAUCUCGAGGAAUGCCGGUUGGGUUUUAACUAUCCAUCGGUCGUCAUCUGGUAGGUUUCCGAUCAGUGGAUUGUAGUUGAUUGUCGGCGAAGCUACCGUAGCCAAUUUCGGCAUUCUGCCAAAAUUGGAGCUGUGGCCGCUAGUUCUGUAUAUAAGCAGAAAUAACGUUUCUGACAGGAGAGACAAAAGGGGAAAGAGAAAUUUUAGGCGCAAAAAAGGAACUUUAACCGAUAAGAAAGCGGUGGGGGGUAGGGAAGGGAAGCCGAGUUACGUGAGCGAGUCAAGCAGCCAGCAGCCUCUUGAAGAGUCAUUCUUUGUUGGCUAAGUAAGCUAAUUUGGGUGCUUCCUGGAUGUUUCAUCUAUUUUACCAAAACCCCAAAACAUCUUAUUAUAUAUUUCUCUGCAAGUUGAAACCGCCAUUCAUAUCGUGCUUUUGGAGGAAAUUUGACUUGUUAGGGGCUUCUGUGUUGUGGGUUGUUUAGUUUUUGAGAUAAAGAGAGAGGCUUUGUUGAUUUUUUUCUGCAGAGUAUUGUGAAUUUUUCAUGGGAGCAAAGAACUCGAGGGAAGGGAGCUGGAGGUCGGAUUCCUCUGUAAGGUCUGCGGCGGCAUCUUCAUGGGAUUAUGUUCAACAACCAUAUUAUGGGCAGCCGUAUGGUCAAGACGGCUAUGGAUAUGGCUAUCCGCCACCCCAGCAACCUCCCACACAGCCAAACUAUCCUCCACCGGCUCAAGUUGGAGGUGGUGAUAGAAGGCGGCUUGAUAGAAAGUAUUCGAUAAUUGCCGACGACUAUAAAUCCUUGGACCAGGUGACUGAAGCUCUUGCACGUGCUGGACUUGAAUCAUCAAAUCUCAUUGUUGGAAUUGACUUUACGAAGAGCAACGAGUGGACUGGUGCUAAGUCUUACAACAAAAAAAGUUUACAUCACAUUGGAGAUGCCUUGAAUCCCUACGAGCAAGCUAUUUCUAUUAUUGGGAAGACUUUAGCUGCCUUUGAUGAGGACAACUUGAUUCCCUGCUACGGAUUUGGAGACGCUACGACACACGAUCAGGAUGUCUUUAGUUUCUAUCCGGAUGAGAGGUUCUGUAAUGGAUUUGAAGAAGUUUUAAGCCGAUAUCGAGAAAUUGCUCCAAGCCUGAGACUUGCAGGUCCGACGUCAUUUGCACCUGUUAUUGAGAAGGCAAUGACGAUUGUUGAGGAGAGUGGUGGCCAGUAUCAUGUAUUGUUGAUAAUAGCAGAUGGGCAGGUUACUAGGAGUGUUGACACUGAGCAUGGGCGGCUAAGUCCACAGGAGCAGAAGACAGUUGAUGCCAUUGUACAAGCCAGCAAGCUUCCCUUGUCUAUUGUUUUGGUAGGGGUUGGGGAUGGCCCAUGGGACACGAUGAAAGAGUUUGAUGAUAACAUCCCUGCUAGAGAGUUUGAUAAUUUCCAGUUUGUAAAUUUCACGGAGAUUAUGUUGAAGAACGUGCACCAAUCCCUCAAGGAGACACAGUUUGCACUUUCUGCUCUCAUGGAAAUUCCUCCUCAAUACAAGGCAACGAUGGAACUUGGACUAUUGGGUCGUAAAAGGGGAAAUAUUCCUCAGCGGGCUGCACUCCCACCUCCUGUCUAUGGGUCCUCAUCUUUUAGUAGCUCCAAAUCUUUCCAGUCUACUACCAGCUCCAAAUCUUUCCAGCCUACUACCAGCUUUAAGCCUACUGUGCCGGUUUAUGAACCAGACACCCAUCCGAUCAGCUCAGCACCGCCAAUCACAAGUUCAUCCUACGAAAACCAGCUUUGCCCUAUCUGCCUCAGCAACGCGAAGGACAUGGCAUUCGGCUGUGGGCACCAAACAUGUCGCGAGUGUGGUGAAAACGCAAACCUUCAACUGUGCCCUAUCUGUCGGACUCCGAUCAGCACCAGGAUAAAACUUUAUUAAACCGUGGGCGAAAGGAUGAAGGGUUUGCCUGCCUUUUGUAACUAAUGCGUGGCUUUCUCCAGUAAUACUGUAAUUUGUUUAUUCAAUGUUAUUAUUUUGGAUCUGCUGGUUUCAGUUGUAGGCUUGAAAUUUGUACAUACAGAAAUGGAAAACCAUUUUUCUCCAGUUUCCUGAUUGCUAACGCCUUGGUUCCCCUUCUUAUGAGUACUAUUUUCUAAAUGAAUAUAAACAGAUAGAAGCUUAACAAACCAGCAAGAGAGCAUGUGAGAAUGUUGAUUACAGAAUUUACCGUAGAUGCGGUAUUCUUUUCGGAACAUAGUCAUCUCAUUAAAUGCUUGCUUGGUUGUAUUUCGUCAUCUAAUGUCCAGCUUUUAAGAGUAGUCCAAGGAGUUUGAUAAGUAGCAUAUUUUCUAGGGUUAAUACCCUAGUAUGGCCCGAAGUUUGGCGUAAGUGACAGUUCUGGCCCCAUUUUUCAAAUAAAGACAUUUAUGACCU